GAGAGAGAGAGAGAAAUAGAGAGGAAGAGGUAGCGGUCGGGUGGUGGUGGAAGAGCGAGGGAGCGUAGUCGAGCGACCGUCCCGCUGUGGCCACGAGCUCCGACGCUCGGGGAACGUAGGUAGUGUGUGAACUUCCGGCCGAGUGAAACGGACAGGGGUUGUAGUGAUAGAGAAGGUGCCGUUGAAGUCGAAGUGAAUAGAACGUUUGCGUUUGGAUCGGAGACGAGGCGGGUUUGAGACCUGCUGCUGAACCUGAAACGGAGGACGCGAUAGGACGGGGGAAACGACUGCAACCGACCUGCAAGUGGCAGAAGAGACGGACGAGAAGGAAGAGAAGGAAGAGAGGAAGAAGAGUGGUUGGUGGUUAGUGCUGGUAUGAAAACGGGCCCCGGUUCCACUAUCUCGUUUUUUGCCUCUUAACUUGGGUCGGGUCAGUACUCGUUCGUCGAGUGCUCGCCGAGUGCGCGCGGAGUUGACUCACGGAGGGUGACUCUCCCUCGCCCGCGCGGGGUGUAUCGCGCCUCGGUAGAAAGGAGAAACGCGCCCUCGUGAGAACGGGCUCUCGCGAGAGAAAGAAAGCGUCGGGCUCAUUAGCUCUUUCCUCAAUCAAUCUCGCGAACCUCCCUUUUCCCUUCAUCCCCUUUCUGUCACUCUUUCUUGUUCUCUCUGUCUCUCUUUCCACCUGUCUCUCUUUUCUUUACUUUUUUAUCUCUCCGUUUUCGUCGUCGCGUUGGUGUCGUCGGGACCGUGACAGCCGUCGGGGUGUUUGUUAUGCGACGCUACAGUGGCGGUUGACGACGACGACGACGAAGAGGAGGAAGAAGAAGACGAGGAGGAGCGCUCGCCGAGGAGGACGUGGACGGGGAGGAGGCGGAGAAGGGGGAGGAAGAGGAGGAGGAGGAGGAGGAGGAGGAAGAGGAGGAGAAGAACGGGGAGGACGAGGACGAGGACGUGGCACAGGAGGCAAAGCAGCUAGCCGUUCCUCGCCGUCGUCGCGAGAGGAGCCGCCGAGAGUGUGCUCUGGUGCGUCGCAGGGAGGGAGGAGGAGGGGAGGGAGGCUCGAAAGAGAGGAAAGACGACGUCGACGACGAGGAAGAAGGAGCGGAAGAAGAGAGGCGGCGGACGAGGAGGUGGAAGACGAGGAAGAAGAAAAGGAAGGUAGUGGCCGUCGCCGUCGCUGCCGGUGGUCGUAGUGCCCGCUCCGAGGAAGCCGAGAGAGUUCAGGGCUCGGGAGAGAGGAUCCCCCCCUCUCUUCACUCUUCUCUCUCUCUCUCUUUCUCUCUCUCUCUCUUUCUCUCUCUUUCUCUUGCUUACUCUGACUGUCCCGUCUCUCUUUUCCACUCACCUAUUCAUUUUCUCUUUCUCUCUCUCUCGUUCUACCAUUCGUCUGAUCUUCUCUCUUGGAGAAAUAGUGUUUGUUAAUUGCCGUGAAACAAGAGAAAAAUAAUACGGGGGAAAAGGAAGAGCGUAGAGCGAAAAAGUAAAAGGGGUGCAAGAGGUGCUGCGUUGGUGUUAUUUUCCCCUCCCCGUUUCCGCCCCCGCCCCCUCCGCCCGCCCGCACCCCUCGCCGGUGUUUCGAAGAAGGGGGGUUGGUUGUGCACGUCGAUCGCCGGGGUGCCGUCUGGUGCCACAGCACGAAGAAGAGGGGAUCGCCAUCGGGGCAGAGGCUCGAACGCAUGUAGGAACAUGGCCGCAUCCAGCCCCUGCCUCCCUCUAGAGGUUGGCAGCAGCGCAAGAGGCGGCACAAAGGGACGCUGGACACGCGAGCCAGUAUUACGGGAGAAGGUCGAGGUUGGCCGGAUUGAGGAGUGGUCUCGGUGACUGGACUAGCUUCGGAGGGGAGGUACCUGGUCUGGUGGACAUGGCACCAAACCGGGAUCAGGGUGGAGGGGCGGGUGGCGGUGGGGGAGGCGGCAAGGGUACCACAUCGUUGUUCAUCUUUUCGGAGGAUAAUUGCAUACGGAAGUACACGCGCUUUAUCAUCGAGUGGCCGCCCUUCGAGUACGCCGUCCUGCUCACCAUCAUCGCCAAUUGCGUGGUCCUCGCCCUCGAGGAGCAUUUGCCGAAGCAUGACAAGACCAUACUCGCACAGAAGCUCGAGAUCACGGAGAACUACUUCCUCGGGAUCUUCUGCGUCGAGGCGAGCCUCAAGAUCCUCGCCCUCGGCUUCGUCCUCCACCGCGGCUCCUAUCUGCGCAACAUCUGGAACAUCAUGGACUUCUUCGUCGUGGUGACCGGGAUCAUCACGGUGUUCUCGGCAGGCAUAAAACUGGAUAUGGAUCUGCGCACGUUGCGUGCGAUACGCGUGUUGCGACCGCUCAAACUUGUCUCCGGCAUACCGAGUCUUCAGGUGGUGCUCAAGUCUAUCAUUAAGGCAAUGGCGCCGCUUCUGCAGAUCGGCUUGCUGGUACUCUUCGCCAUCGUGAUAUUCGCCAUCAUCGGCCUCGAGUUUUAUUCAGGAACCCUGCAUAAAACGUGUUACAAUAUAGAAAACAUCAAUGAAAUCGUAAAGGAGGGCGAGCAGCCGAGCCCGUGUAGCGCAGACAACAAAAAGGAUGCCCCGUUCGGGGCCCACGUGUGCGACGCGAAUCGCUCGACGUGCAUGGAUCACUGGGAGGGACCAAACUCGGGCAUCACCAGCUUCGAUAACAUCGGAUUUGCCAUGCUCACUGUCUUCCAGUGUAUCACUAUGGAGGGCUGGACUGCCAUAUUGUACUGGACGAAUGACGCUCUUGGCAGCACGUACAACUGGAUUUACUUUAUACCAUUGAUCGUCCUCGGGUCAUUCUUCAUGCUGAACUUAGUUCUCGGUGUCUUGAGCGGAGAGUUUGCGAAGGAGAGAGAAAAGGUGGAGAACCGACAGUCCUUCCUGAAGUUGCGAAGACAGCAGCAGCUUGAACGCGAACUGAAUUGUUACCUCAAUUGGAUCUGCAAAGCAGAGGAGGUGAUACUCGCCGAAGAGAGGACCACGGAAGAGGAGAAAAUGCACAUAUUAGAAGUAAGAAGAAGAGCAGCGGCAAAGAAGAAGAAACUAAAGAAUCUCGGCAAAAGCAAGAGCACUGACACGGAGGAGGAGGAAGGCGAGGACGACGGUGACGAUGGGUUCUCAAGAGCCUCCUACUUCAAAUCGAAGGUAAAGAAGCAGGGCACGUGCCUACAGUUCUGGCGGGCUGAGAAAAGAUUCAGGUUUUGGAUACGCAGUUCCGUCAAGUCGCAAAAGUUUUACUGGUUCGUCAUCAUUCUUGUGUUCUUCAACACCGUUUGCGUGGCCGUCGAGCAUUACAAUCAGCCACAGUGGCUCAGCGAUUUCCUCUACAUUACAGAGUUUGUGUUCCUGGGCCUCUUCAUGAUGGAGAUGUUCAUAAAAGUCUACGCGCUCGGUCCUCGCACAUACUUUGAAUCGAGCUUCAAUCGCUUCGACUGCAUCGUCAUCUUGGGUUCGAUCUUCGAGGUGAUCUGGACCGCGCUGAAGUCCGCCUCUUUCGGCCUCUCCGUCCUACGUGCCCUUAGACUCCUGAGAAUUUUUAAGGUCACCAAAUAUUGGAAGAGCCUGAGGAACCUCGUGAUAUCGCUGCUAAGCUCGAUGCGCAGUAUCAUUUCCCUUCUCUUCUUGCUCUUCCUGUUUAUCCUCAUAUUCGCGCUGCUCGGUAUGCAGCUAUUCGGUGGCCAAUUCAAUUUCAACGACGGCACGCCGCCCACUAAUUUCAACACCUUUCCCAUCGCACUACUCACUGUCUUCCAAAUCCUGACUGGAGAAGAUUGGAAUGAGGUGAUGUAUAAGGGUAUCGAGUCGCAGGGCAUGACCCAUUCGCUCUACUUCAUUGUGCUGGUGCUCUUCGGCAACUACACUCUGCUGAACGUCUUCUUGGCUAUCGCCGUUGACAAUCUCGCGAAUGCGCAAGAGCUGAGCGCCGCCGAAGAGGAGCAGCAAGAGGAGGACAAGGAGAAGCAGCUGCAAGAGCUCGAGAAAGAGAUCGAGUCGUUGCAAAGGCCCGGGGACGCACCGAGGGUGGAAAUCUGUCCUCCAAGUCCAACUCAGAAUUUCAGAGACGGGAGAGUUGAAACCCAGACGUCCGAAGAGAGAAGGCAGGAUGAAGACGACGACAUGGGACCAAAACCAAUGCUGCCAUAUUCCUCCAUGUUUAUACUGUCCCCUACGAAUCCCAUAAGAAGAGCCGCCCAUUGGGUCGUAAACCUUCGGUACUUCGACUUCUUCAUAAUGGUGGUGAUAUCGUUGUCAAGUAUCGCGCUGGCCGCUGAAGAUCCCGUUUGGGAAACCGCGCCGAGAAACCAAAUCCUCGACUGCUUUGAUUACGCGUUUACCGGUGUCUUCACCGUUGAGAUGAUACUGAAGAUUAUCGACCUUGGCGUCAUACUGCAUCCAGGCUCGUACCUGCGCGAGUUUUGGAACAUUAUGGACGCGGUCGUAGUGAUAUGCGCUAUGGUGUCAUUCACCUUCGACAUGAUCGGCAGCUCGGCCGGCCAGGACCUCUCGACCAUCAAGUCGCUGCGAGUGCUGCGAGUGCUCAGGCCGCUUAAGACAAUAAAGCGCGUGCCGAAGCUCAAGGCGGUGUUCGACUGCGUGGUGAACAGUCUCAAAAAUGUCAUUAACAUUCUCAUAGUGUACAUAUUGUUUCAAUUCAUAUUCGCUGUAAUCGCGGUGCAGCUGUUCAACGGCAAGUUCUUCCACUGUACCGACGAAAGCAAGUAUACGGAAACGGAUUGCAACGGUGAAUACUUCGUUUUCGAAGAGGGUAAAAUGAUACCGGUGCCCAAGCAACGGGAAUGGAAAUCCCAGUCCUUUCAUUACGACAACGUGAUGGUGGCCAUGCUGACGCUGUUUGCCGUCCAGACCGGCGAAGGCUGGCCGCAAAUCUUGCAGAACUCGAUGGCGGCCACAUACGAGAACAAGGGCCCCAUCCAGAACUUUCGUAUCGAAAUGUCCAUUUUCUACAUCGUCUACUUCAUUGUCUUUCCAUUCUUCUUCGUCAACAUCUUCGUGGCCUUGAUCAUCAUCACGUUUCAGGAACAGGGAGAAGCUGAACUGCAGGACGGUGAAAUUGAUAAGAAUCAGAAAUCAUGUAUAGACUUUACAAUACAAGCUCGUCCCCUCGAGAGGUAUAUGCCAAAGGAACGAAAUAGCGUAAAGUACAAAAUUUGGAGGAUAGUCGUAUCCACGCCAUUCGAAUAUUUUAUCAUGAUACUCAUCGUAUUGAACACGUUACUACUUAUGAUGAAGUAUCACGAAGCGCCGCCAGUUUUAUUGGACUUCUUGACCAUCGUGAACUUGGUCGUCACACUCCUUUUCCUCAUUGAGUGCAUCCUUAAACUCGUCGCCUUCGGAUGCAAGAACUUCUUCAAGGAUGCUUGGAACACCUUCGAUUUCAUCACGGUGAUCGGCAGCAUCGUGGACGCUCUUGUGAUCGAAUUCGGGGAGAAUUUCAUCAACGUCGGCUUUCUGAGGCUCUUUCGUGCUGCCAGGCUGAUCAAACUACUCAGGCAGGGGUACACGAUACGAAUUUUACUCUGGACCUUUGUACAGUCUUUCAAAGCUUUGCCUUACGUUUGUCUUCUCAUAGCAAUGCUGUUCUUCAUCUACGCUAUCAUCGGUAUGCAGGUAUUCGGUAACAUCGCGCUGGAUGCUGAUACUUCUAUUACCAAGCACAACAAUUUCCAAAGCUUCAUACAAGGUCUGAUGCUGCUUUUUCGGUGUGCCACGGGCGAGGCCUGGCCAAACAUCAUGCUGUCCUGCUUAAAAGGCCGUCCCUGCGACCCUUUGAGCAAGAUAGAUAAAGAAGAGACGGAGGAGGAGGACUCUUGCGGGUCCAACCUCGCCUAUGCCUACUUCGUGUCGUUCAUCUUCUUCUGCUCGUUCCUCAUGCUGAAUCUCUUCGUUGCUGUCAUCAUGGACAACUUCGAUUACCUCACGCGGGAUUCGUCGAUUCUCGGCGCGCAUCAUCUCGACGAGUUUGUGCGGAUCUGGGCCGAGUACGAUCCGAACGCCACCGGUAAGAUUCACUACACGGAGAUGUAUGACAUGCUGAAGAAUAUGGACCCGCCGUUGGGGUUUGGUAACAAGUGCCCGAAUCGGCUCGCGUACAAGAAGCUCAUCAGAAUGAAUAUGCCGAUGGACGAUGACGGCAAGGUGAACUUCACUACAACGCUGUUCGCCCUCAUUCGCGAAAACCUCAGCAUCAAAAUGCGAUGCGCCGACGAAAUGAAUCAAGCCAAUGAAGAGCUGCGGGACACGAUCAGAAAUAUCUGGCCUUUACAAGCGAAAAAGAUGUUAGACCUUUUGAUACCUAGAAACGAAGAGUUGGGCAGAGACAAGCUCACCGUGGGUAAGAUAUACGUCUGCCUUCUGAUACUCGAAAGUUGGAGGUCGACGAAGUUUGGUCAGCUAAAAUCUACCGAACAGAACGAUAACGAUCUUAUCGAUAACGAUAAUGCUGGGCAAAGUCCUGCAGCCCAGGCGCCAUCGGCCUUCUUCAACUGCCUGCUGGACAUGGCGGCGGUAAAUCACACUGGAAAUAAUCACGGAGCCGGAAGUAGGGCGAACAGUCUCGAACCGGUGAUGCGACCGGCCAUCGACGUGAAGCACGAACGACUCAAAGAGCCCAAGGAUGAGGAGGACGGAGCCCUAGGCGUUCUCGCAGCCGCCGAGCACAGACGUCAGCAUAGCAUCAGAAACAAAAAGGUGAACUGGAAGAUGUCUCGCCAGUACGAUAUACUAGGCAGCAGCGGAGAGAGUAGCCAGGGAGGGGGUGGGUCUGGGGUUGCACUCGUAGUUAAUGGCGAGGAUCGCGCCCCUGAGCUAGAGCCAUUGCUGGCCGAGGUGCCCUCCCAGCGGGAUGAUCAAAACAACUACUACCACGACCAUCACCAUCACGACCAAUACUACUACGAUACCGACAAUGAUCAAUACUAUGACCAAUACUACCACCACCACCACCACCACCAUCACCAUCAUCAUGACCACCGACCACCCUCGUACUACCAACACCAGAACACCUACGCACCUCGCUCCUCGAUCCGUUACCACAAGGAUCUGCAAGACGUCAUACCGUCCGACUCACGUGCCGGUAGCCUCGAGAGUCUCACGCAUCCUGGUGACAGAGGACUUCGUCCGCAUUAUCCCUCGGCGCCUUCUAGACGUUCACGAUCACCAAGUAUAAGAAGACACUCGCCAAUAAUGCCUAGAUCGCCAUCGCCAAGGCGACAUGGCCGAUAUGACCAUCACGGUCAUUAUCACGAAGGACCAGGGUUUAGCGACACCGUUAGCAAUGUCGUCGAGAUACAAAGGCACACUCAACAUCCCCACGCGUCACAAUAUAAUCAUCGGCAUAGGAUACGAGACUAUUACGACCACUGCGACUAUUACGACGAUGGUCCAUGGAGCGCCUCGACAAGUCCGGCCAGGUCGCCAAGCCCGGUUCAUAGGAUCGAGCGUGGUGGCCGUUACGGCACGACGAGUCUGGAGCAGCGUUCGAGGAGCCCGAGUCCGAUAGGCGGCGGUCGUCCGCAUCAUCACCAUCGCCAUCAUCCACAUCAACACAGUUACCCGGUGUUGGUCGCGAGGAGAGGCCAGGGUCGCCGGCUGCCGCCGACGCCGAACAAGCCGUCGACCCUGCAGCUGAAACCGGCCAACAUUAAUUUCCCCAAGCUGAAUACCUCGCCUACUCACGGACCGCACGUCAUGGCGCCGAGCGGACCGGCCCACGUGCCAGUGGGACCCGUAACCGGCCAUGUGAUGCAGCAUCCGCAUCCGCCGUCGCACAUACCGCCCUCCAGCAUGCAGCCGAGCCAUCAUCCGUUAAGCUUCGAGCAGGCUGUCGCGAUAGGCCGCGGCGGUCGUAUGCUGCCCAGCCCGGUGCCCAACGGUUACAAGCCGCAACCGCAGUCCAAACAGAGAGCGCCUAGGUCGAGGCACUCGGACAGUGACGAGGACGAUUGGUGCUAGCCAAAGUGGGACCCUGGACGGUGGUCCGGUGACGUGGACGCCCCCAGGCGUCUCAGGGUUUGCGCGUGAUAGUCGUCCACGUGGGACGCGCGUUGAUUUCGAUGUGAAGGUAACGGAAGUGCCGCGGUCGACGAGCCUGAAGCUCCCGGAGGCUGCCUCCGGGGUUUUUCGACGAGGAACGGUUCCAAUGAAGGAGCUCGUUCCAGUCACGACCAUUGCGGUGAUGACCGAAGGAGAAUCUUAAGAAAGUCGAACGGGGAAGACGAUUCCAGGCGGACGAUGUUCGGAACGACCUCCGAUGGCUGAACACGGCGACCGAACAGGGUCAGCAAACACACACACCAGAGAAGUCGAUUUCUCGCAGACGCACAGGGGAAAUCGGCGGAGCUAUCAUUCACAUGUCGCACGAAUCCGCGAACGGAGGAGGAGUGCGGCGCGCGCGGUUUUAUCGAAAUCGAGGUGCAAUCAAACGGCCGAGCUCGGCGAAUCUCGAAGAUUCGAUCUUGGAGGCCGGUUCAGAGCAGCCGAGGACGAUCGCCUGGUGCGAUCGUCCGAAAGAUGAAUUCCACUCGAUCGCUGUAGUCACGGAAUGAAGACGCUCUAUGAUGUUGUUGCGAACAACGACGCACGGCGAAGCGAAGAUGGAUCCCUCGAGAUUAUACGAGCGACGGCUACGUCGAGAGACAAGGUGGUAGGUUGCAGUGAAACUCGUCGUGCGCGACAGUGAUUGAAUAAUUGAGCGGACGUUCCGGGAGAGAGCUCGAACCCUCCGUUAUAUUAUACGCGAGUUAAUAUUUCAAUCUUACCUCGACCCGAUCGAACGGAGAUCGUCUCGAGGAAGAACUUACUUUUUAUACCAUUUUCCGGAGGAGAGACUCAUCGAACGCCCGAAUUGCGCUGUGAUCACCACGAAACGUUCUCUUAUGUGUGCGUGUGUGUAUUUAUGUACGUAUGUAUGUACGCUCGUAUGAUUUUGUGUGUGAGUGCAUAUAGGAAAACCCCUUUCCCCCACGACUCAUCGGAAAUCGCGACUGAUGUACCGAAUCGUUCCACUUCCACUCAUGAAAGCGCCAAUGACGUGAUGUUAAUUGUUCAACGACGACGUUAAUUAAAUAAUGAUCGUUAAGAGAAAACAGCGAAGACAGGAAGCGAGGAAGCGGAAAGACUAAUCGGCACAAUUGAUUUCGGAAUUCAAUAAGGUUUAGAUUAUUAUUUUCAAUUUUAAAAGCUAAAGAUUUCGAGAUAAACAAAUUAAUCGAAAAUGACGAUAUUUUAUUUCGAAAUCUGAUAACGUUUCGUGUUUCUUCGCUGUUAGUACAAUUGGGCGAUUCGUCGGGAAAUUCAGCCGCGCGAACAGAACGGACUGGCAAGCGAAUAUUUCCCGAUGAAUCAAAAGAGAAACCAAUGAGACAAGGGUUAAUAGGAUUAAAAAUUAGAUUAAAGAUUAAAAGAAAAGUAAUUCUGCUGGAAUUCAGAAUUGGCUCGGGUUUACCAUUAGUAAAAUUUCCGUGAAAGCGUUGUCGUAAUCAGAUGCGAAUAAUUCGAAAUCACUUCACUCGAGAAAGACGCGCAAGAACCAUCUCUACGAGAUACGGAUACUGUUCGCAGUCGCGAUCCUUGUCAAAUCGAAACACGCAAGACGAUCGUAGUCAUCAAAGGUAAAAUCAAGGAACAGGAAGGAAAGAGAAGGUGAAUGCGAACGUCGUCGUUAAUUCGCGCGGAUGUUGCCUCGCGAUUCGUGCCAAUCAAGAAUGAUUAGGAGAAAGUUCAGAAAAAGAGGACCACGAUCGAAGAAUGAAGUACUUGGAAAUAUGGGGUGAGAAGGGUGAACAGAAAUUGUGUCGCGAGAUAAUCUGAGGGGGGGGGGAGGGGGAGAAAGAAAGAGAAUGGAUGACACAGAGAGGUAAACAGUUCUUACCAUACGGUUUUCAAAAGCACCCCUGUAAAUUACUGCGUAUGAUUGAAUUACAAUAUUUAUUACUUAUAUCACUGCUGAUACCAUUAUUAAAUUAACACCGGCAGAAAGAGAUGAGAGAAACUACUUCACUCUAUUAUUACACUAUUAAUUACUAACUACUGCUACUACCAUUACUACUAUAUUACGAUUUACUACCGCUACUACCACUUACUACUACUGUUACUAUUACUACUACUUGCUGCUGCUACUAUCACUACUACUAUUACUCUAUUACUACUAUUACUAAACUAUUCUACUGUCGUCGCUACUAACGCUGUUUACUAUCAUUACUGUAAUAAUAAGUGUGCUAAUUACCGAAGCGCGCGCAAUUCGUGAGAAAUAAACGAGAAACAUCAAUUUACGUAAUUCAUUUGUCUUUAAACUUGUGAAUUUCGCCGUCGAUCGUGCGUUUAUACGACGGACGAUAGAACAAAAGAAGAAAAAAAAAGAAGAAAAAGAAAUAAAGAUCGAGAGAAUUAUUCGUAAAAUGAAAGCAUGCUAAACGAAUGCAAGUAUCCGAAACGAGAUUAUUAAUAAAAAAGAAUAAGAAUCAUUAUAUUAUAUAUAAAAACAUUUAAUAUACUGCCAAUCGUACGGAGUGUUUCAAGCAAACACACACGAGAAUACGUAGGUGUACAUAAACGUACGUUUCUUUUUGUCCUGCGACAGGUAUAAAUAUUACGAUAUAUAUCUGUACGUAAGUAAGUGUACAUACCCGAUGAGCGAAAGAGAGAGAAAGUGAGAAAAAACGAAGAAAAGAGUGAAUGAACGCGAGAUAAUUGAAUCGAUAAAUUUAAGAAGCGAGGCAACUCGGUCGACUGAAUAAUCAAGUCGCCAGACAAUGGUCUUUUUUCGUAAAGUAUUUUAUUUAUGUCUCGCUACUUUGAUUUCCAUAUUUUAUUUAUUUUCGUUUAAUUGUCAAAGAUGGCUACAGGCAUUUUGAAGAAAAACAUUGGAGAAACAGGACCGACUUCGUUUCUUAAAUGAUUCGAUUGAUUUCUGAUGCACUGGUCAGUGCUUGUUUGCGUAUAAAAUUUUCGUGUAUCGGCUAAGUCAAAAUAAACGAGAAUAUUGCCAUUACGUAACGACAUUAAUUAAUGUAAGUAGCUAAUUUGAAAAAAAAAAUGUGUGCAUGCAACGGAGAAAUUCACGUGGAGAGAAAGAACGGAGUGCAAAAAGGAAAGAGAGAAUGACUGAUUUUCCAGUGUGAUCGGUAUAUAAAGAUCCUUGGUGAAUGGACGGGCGUUAAUCAUCGAACUUGUUUGUAUUAUUCAGCGAUUAAAAGAAAAUUCAAUAUAUAAUAAUAAGAUCAAUUUUUCCAAAGAGAAGACUACAGACUUAUCCAAUCGCUUUAAUAUAUUGUCUAACAUACAUAUAUAUACACACAUAUAUAUAGUAUAAUGUAAAAUAAUAAAAAUUAAUAAUAAAAAGAUAAUUCAAGAGA